AUGGAAACUAUAGCAAGCUACAUUCCUUCUGUUGUUCGAAAAAUCACCGAAACCAUAAGCAACUCAAAAGAACUCGACGCUAUCACUUAUAUCGAAUUUCAAGAAAUUAACUUCAAAUCUUCUUCAAAACUGGUAGCUCUCAUAGGAUAUGAAAGAGGCUUCCAAGCCUGAGAUUUAUCCAAGCCAUCAGAACCCAAUUUAUUCCUAUCAAAGCGCAAUUUAGGUGUUUCCCAGAUCACUUGCAUCCCCAAGAAUCCUGAAGGCUUGCUUGCAAUCACCUCUCUCUAUCAUUCUAUAGAAUUUCCCAGAUCCACGAUUCAGCUUUUUUCAAUUUUACAAAAAGAAUUUAUUUUUCUCAUAAACGCAUCCUCAGAAAUCACAAAAAUCUCAUGUAACUCCCUAGUAAUUUGUGCAGCUCUUUCAACUUGUGAAAUUGAAGUUUUUGAUAGUAAAUCAUUCGAGAAAUUAUACAUGAUUUCGCCGAUUGUAAAUAGUGAAGAAAAUUCAAUAGUAAUGUCAUUAUCAAAUUUAUAUAUUGCUUAUUCUUUGAAAUCUAAAAAUGCUCCUAUUGAAGAAGGAGAAAUUAAUUUGACUGAAAAAAUCUCAAAAACUGUGAUGUCGAUUGCUGAAAAUGGUUUUACCAAAAUUAAGGCAUAUAUGGAAAACGCUGGGGUGUUAGCAGAUUCGAGGUCGCAGCAUGGGAAAAUAUGAAUAAAGCAUUUGCCAGACAACUCUGAUAUAUGUGAAAUCCAAGCUUUUUCGACAUCAGUAUCAAUGCUUAAGUUUAGUGAGUCAUCGCACUUAUUAGUGGUGUCGACAGUCUCUGGGCAGACUUUUCAUAUCUACCGAAUCAAUCCUACAAAAAAAAAUCAAAUUUCAGGUCCUGAGCUGAGAUAUUGCUUGAUUUACAAGCUUUAUAGAGGAAUGACAUCAGCAGAUAUUAAUGAUAUUUGCAUUAGUAAAAAUGAAAAAUGAAUAGUAAUUUCUUCAUCAAAAGGAACCUCACACAUAUUUUACGUCAACCCUGAGGACAUGUCUAUGAAUUUCAACCACCCAGCACAAAUGAGAAUUUACCAUGGCUCUGUAUUAGAAAAGCCAAUUUUUCCUAGGUGCCAUAUACAUCUAGUCGAAAAAAUGAGGCCUAGAAUCAGGGUUUCUUUGCAAGAAUCCGCAGUGGAACCUUGUCCGCCAGAACUCUUUACUAUAUGCCAAACAGGACAGUUCACCAGGCAUGUUAUGGAUAAUGAGCAGCAUUUAGUCUUUUCUGUAAGCCUUAAUCGGCCUAUUUCUUUUAAAGAAAUAGAGAUGGAAGUUAAUGAUGAGCGCCAAAAUAACCAUGAAGUACCAAUUGGCAUUGAGAAUAAUACAUCAAAAGAACCCAAUGGGUGGGUUCCAUUAAAGCGAUCCCCACAGUUUACAUUUUUGAAAGCAAAGAUGGCAUAUGAAGACUCACUGAAAAAGGACACUGAAUAUGAAGAAUGUGAAGAGGAAAAAUCGAUGCCAGCGUUUACAGUCCAUUAUUCAAAUUAUGUAGCAAGCCCUAAUCGGCUUGAGCAAGCAAUGAAUUCGUGCAUUUAUAACUCAAAAUCGAAAACUCCUCAAGUGACUGGCAAGAUUAUAACUAACCAUUUAAAGUUGGGAAUUAACGCCAAUGAAAAAUUCUAUGCCUAA